GAAAACGUGAGGAUAAAGUGAUGCUUUUUGAUGAAAUAGUGACAGCUCUUUGUUGGUGAAUAGAAAAUCAGAGGUGAAUCUGAGAGAGAGAGAGAGAGAGAGAGAGAGAGAGAGAGAGAGAGAGGACUCCUCCUACCAAAUUAUUCACACUGGGCCGGCUCUGCUCUGCUCUGCUCUCUUCACAAAUACAACACGGUUCUCAAAUCCAGGCAGUCCCAACCUGACCUCCAAGCACCGAGGAACCCCCUCCCUUCCUCCUGCUGCACAAAAAGAAGAAACCCAAAACUUUGUGACAUUAUUUUUUGGCAUCUGUUCACACUGUAGCCCCCUCCUCCUCCCCUGGUCCCUCUCCACCACAGCUUCUACACCGUUUUGUCGCAUCAUUUGGACUAUAUACUUUUUUUUCUUCUUCUUUUACUGGAUGAGAGACAUUCACGGGAAGCAGGAAUUCAGCGCCUCUCCUCCUGUCCCACCCAUGCUGUAGUUUUUUUUUCUGCUUUCAGCCGAGGAGGUGGUCUAAAUCACCAGGGUUUGGUUUGUUUUUUUUUUUUCUCCUGUUUUGUGUUUUGUGUAGAGCCCAGUCGGAUGCGCUGAGAAAAACAAAAAAAGGAGAGAAAAAAAGGAAAACGGGGCGCAGCGCAGAGGCACGGUAUAUGGAAGUUGUGAGCUGCAAAACAGAGGCGAGCAGUUGCACGUUGUGUCCAGGACCGGGAGCCAUGCUUUUCCACGGGAUCUCCGGGGAUCACAUCCAAGGGAUCAUGGAGGAGAUGGAGAGAAGGACGAAGACGGAGUCGCGCCUGGCGAAGGGCAUGCAGCUCAACGGCAGGGAGUCGACCAUGACCUCCAUGAGCCCGGAGAAGCCUGCCCUGUGCGCCGGCUGCGGUGGGAAGAUCUCGGACAGAUACUACCUGCUGGCCGUGGACAAACAGUGGCAUCUGCGGUGCCUCAAAUGCUGUGAAUGUAAGCUGGCGCUGGAAUCGGAGCUGACGUGCUUUGCCAAGGAUGGGAGUAUUUAUUGCAAGGAGGAUUACUACAGGUUCUCCGUGCAAAGGUGCGCGCGCUGCCACCUCGGGAUAUCCGCCUCGGAGAUGGUGAUGCGAGCGCGCGACUCCGUGUACCACCUGAGCUGCUUCACGUGCACCACGUGCAACAAAACCCUGACCACGGGCGACCACUUCGGCAUGAAGGACAGCCUGGUGUACUGCAGGCUCCACUUCGAGACGCUGGUGCAGGGCCAGGACUACCAUCCGCAGCUCAACUUCGCCGAGCUGGCGGCCAAAGGCGGCGGCCUCGCGCUGCCCUACUUCAACGGCACGGGGACGGCGCAGAAAGGGAGGCCGCGCAAGAGGAAGAGCCCGGCCAUGGGGAUAGACAUACCCAGCUACAACACAGGCUGCAACGAGAACGACACCGACCACUUGGACCGAGACCAGCAGGCCUACGCUCCGACGCAGAAGACCAAGCGCAUGCGGACCUCCUUUAAGCACCAUCAGCUCCGGACAAUGAAAUCCUACUUUGCCAUCAACCACAACCCGGACGCCAAGGACUUAAAGCAGCUGGCUCAGAAAACAGGCCUCACUAAGAGAGUUCUGCAGGUUUGGUUCCAAAACGCAAGAGCCAAAUUCAGAAGGAACGUUUUGCGACAGGAGAAUGGAGGUGUUGAUAAGGCUGAUGGCACCUCACUCCCUCCACCCUCAUCCGACAGUGGGGCCCUGACCCCCCCCUCCAGCGCGGCCACACUAACAGACCUGACAAACCCCUCUAUCACUGUAGUGACCUCCGUCACGUCUAGUUUGGACAGCCAUGAUUCGGGGAGCCCUUCACAAACUACCUUGACAAACCUUUUCUAACAAGCUAUCUCUAUCAGACUGAUUGUUAUUUCAACUGAGUUUUGUUUUUGCUCUUUUUUUGGACUUUCUUUAAGUUUUUUCUUUAACUUACAUUUAUUUUUGUAAAUGACACCUUUAAAAUGAAGCAGAGACCGCUCCUGGGAAGAGACAGUGCUGUACUGUAUACACAAACAGGAACAACAACGGCUACAACAGCAGCGACUACUUAGGAAAUUUCUCUAAUGUGUAGCAUCUCAAGCUGCAAAGAUUGACUUUUGGAUUCUUGGACUUAUUUGGAGUCAAAGAUAUUGAAAAAAUUGUCUUGGGUUGCAGAUUUUAUUCGGGGGAAAAAAACUUGAAACUUGGCUGGAAAUUUAGACUCUGUCUGAUCUGACUUAAUUUGUGUAUUUGUAGUAAAAUAUGUUUGAAACACGCCCUCCCUAAUUUAUUGUUAAUUGGUGAAAUAAAAGAAAAAAUAGUGCCAGAAGUAUGUAUAUGUAUGCACUGUGUUCGCACUAUCAAGAUUUUUUAAUUUCUCUGGUUCUGCGUUGGAAUAAUUUGGAAAACCUGUCGAAUGUUCUGUAUAUGGGUAACUCCAGAAAACAGGCUUUAAUUAAUACCGAAUGUUUUCAGUCUGAAAGGCUGACUUUAAUGGAAUCAGACGCCGGCAAUCUGACAGAAGCUACAUGUAAAAGCAUCUAAAUUUACAUUGUAAAGCACCUAGACGGCCGCCAGACAGAAGCUGAAACCACACAUGGGCGUUUUUCUCAUGAAUCCAGAAGCAAAUCCCACACUGUGCAGUGGUAACUGUUCAGCGCAUCCAUUAGUAGAAACUGAUGAUUUAAAUAAAAUAAAAUAAAAAGCAGCAGAAGAAAUUCAGAUCAGUUGGAAUCACUCGUCUGUAUGACAGAGCGCUUUCUGCUUUUGGGGACUUGUGGUUCUCACAGAGCCUGGUAAACAUAUCACCAGACCCACAGCUAAACUCAGUUGCACAGUGACAACAUACUGCCCAGAGAAAAGUGCAUUAUUGUCCUUAUCAUGUUGCUCAGGGUAAUGACGUGAUUUUAAAUGUAAAACAAAAAAAAAAAAGAAAAAAAAAGAGUCAGGGGCUGAGAAAUUAGACGGUUGCGACGCUGCAGACUAGACUUUAGGAGCUGACAGAACCAGUCAAAACAUCUGACCUCAGAUGGGUGGAGUCGCGAGAAGAAGCCAGUAGGAAAUCAUUGUCCAUGUGUUCCCUGUUUGUUACACUUUCUUUAUUGACACUUGCCACUGAACAGACCAAAAAAUAAUAGUUUAAAAAAACAAAACCAACAACCUGCCCCUGUUUCUUCUGGCUGAUAGAUCGAGCGAGAAAACCUUCAGAUUUCAUUGUGAGCGUCACAGUUUGUUCUCCUGCAGAACAAAGUGCCGCUCUUGAUCUACUUCAUGAAGUAGACGCCUAACUCAGUUCUACUAUGUGCCUUAAUGCUAUAACUUGGGAGAGAGUUUGUGAAAUUCAGGAUCUAUGUGCUCUUUGUUAACUGACUCACAUCCUUUUGGCGCCUCACUAGUUUUGUACUGUUUUGCAUCUUAUUUCCGAAGAUCUUUUUAUGGUGUAUCCUGUUUUAAAAGUAAAAAAAACAAGAAAAAAAGUGGGCAGGAGGGAGGGGCAGCGAUGUCAUAGAAAGCAUUUGUGCACUCUUUCAGAUAUAGUUGGGUAAUCCAAGAACCUUAUAUAUUGAUCUCCGUGUUAAUAGUUGAGUACAGUAAGUGUUCUAUCAAGAUUGUCCAUGUUUCCCUGUUUCUUGAUAAAGAUGGUGUAUAGAAACUAUUUCCCCUUAAAUAUUUAUGGACCAAACGGUUGUUAUAUAUCUUAUUAAAUUUGUGUGAAUAAAAAUACUUUGCUUUAAA